ACUCUCAUCUCCUCUGUCAAGUUGCCCCGCCAGGACUCUCGCUACUCCAGUAUCAUAGUGCCAGGCUCAUAGACUGCUUUCAUAGACCAAUACCCGAUACCCAUACCGGCUUCCACCCGUAAUACCCGCUGUGACAUUCGCUCCGAAUAUUCUCACCACAAUGUCAGCAUCAAUAACCCCAGAAGUCCACCUACUCGUCCUAGUCCAUGGGAUGUGGGGCAACCCAAACAAUCUCGCCGAGAUGAAACGGACUAUCGACGAACUGAAGUGUGAUCCAAGUAAGGAGAGUUCAAGUGGUGUGGAGCUUGUAUCCCUUGUGGCAACAAACAACCAGUCGGAGUCAACGUACGACGGAAUUGACUGGGGUGGUGAGAGGGUUGCUGAGGAGGUAAUCGAGGAAAUCGAGAGACUGGAAAAGGAUGGGAAGAAGGUCACUCGCUUUUCUAUCACUGGGUACAGUCUUGGCGGUCUUCUUUCGCGGUAUGUCAUCGGCAUCAUGCACCAACGCAAGAUGUUCGACACCAUUACGCCCGUGAACUUCAACACCAUCGCCACGCCACACAUUGGUCUCAUCCGCUUUCCAUCUAUCUGGUCUCGGACAGCCUCUGUUCUUGGACCUAAGCUGCUUUCGAGGACAGGGGAACAAUUCUAUAGUGUGGAUAAGUGGUCCGCGAAGGGACGACCUCUUCUUGAAGUCAUGGCCGAUCCAGAACGGAUAUUCUUCCAGGCUCUUUCCUUGUUUCCUCAUAUCCGAAUAUACGCCAAUGCUAUCAACGACAUCACUGUACCCUAUCUGACUGCCUGUAUGGAAUCUCACGACCCAUUCCUUGACCAUAAGACCAGCGGCAUUACUGUUGAAUUCGACGAGAAGUACCACCCAAUAAUCAAGUCCUGGCAUGUCCCAGAAACACCACCGCCUGCACCCGAAGGGCCCCGCGCCCUCUCGAAAGAAUGGUUCCAAGCUGCACACGUGCCUUCACUCCCGCUUCCUCCACGUCUCCAAUUUGGCUUCCCCUUGAACCUCCUUAUGUGGGCGGCCGUCCCUAUCCUCGUCCCCACGUUCCUCACCCUCGUCACCGUCCGCUUCACGCUCUCGUCUCGCUCUUCCCGUCAGCGGAUCAAACUGCUGGAGAGCGACCCAUCGGCUCGCGACAGGCUCGUCCACGUCUUUGCAGAGUUGGAAAGGCAGAUGGAAGAUGUAGUCGUGGAGAUGGUAGACAAUUCAGAGGAGACGGAACAGCUGGAACCGUUGGGACUGGAGAGGCCGGAGGCUUCGUUUACCCUCACGCCCAUGAGCAGCACACCUGCUCAGUCCACCCCUACACUGUCGCCACACACAGACGGGGAAACGCACUCCGAAUCCAACACUACCGUAGGCCAAGACCAAGACCCAGAAACCGGCAUUGCGACAGCGGACACGAAGUCGCACAAGUGUCACAAAGGGAAGGGUAAAGGCAAAGUCUCAGCCCAAGCCGACCUUACACCCCUCCAGCAUAAAAUGCUAUCCUGGCUCAAUUCGAUCCCGCAACUCGAGAAAGAGCGAGCCUAUAUCGAUCACAUCCGGAAUUCGCACGGCACGAUCAUUGCGAGGGAUUUGAAGACCUUCGAGUUCCAUAAGAUUGGGCUGGGGGUGCUGAGGCACUGGGCAGAUAAGUUUGUGGUUUGAGCUGGAGGUGUGGUGGAUGUGCGUGGCGUGGACGUACUUAUUGGAUUUCAUAUAUGGCGGAAGGUCUGUUUUUUUCUGUGAUGGGACUUUGGCUCGGCUUCGGGUUAGGACUAUAUUGUGUGCGUUCCAGCUAUCCUAUUAUUAGACCCAUAUACUUAUGGCGACCUUCAGACUUCAGUCUGGUUAGGUUGUAUACACGAUACAGAUAGAACGACGCAUCUCGAUGUGUUGCCCUUUUUUCAUCUUCUUCCUGGAUUGCAUUGCGCAUGAGGGGGGUUACUCUGAACCCAGCAGGGAAUGAUACAGUGCCACAGUGGCGUCCACGUCGGGAUAGGCCGCGCCACUACGCAUCCGC